AUCACGAUUCAAUUUCGUUUUUUGGUUUAUUAUGAUUACGAUGCCACAGGCGUUAAAAGACAAAGAUGGUUUUGAGCAACUGGUCUCGUCUUCCGACAGCAACGGAUCGACUGUUCUUCAUUACGCAGCAGUACACGGCAGCAUUGCGGAUCUAAGUUUGCUUGUUCAACAUGGAGCGAAUUUAGCCGCUGACAAUCACAGUGGAGCGACUCCCUUGCAUCUUUCUUGCAUGAGAGGAAGUGUUCCAGUAGUCGCGUAUCUCAUUUCCGUCGCUCCUCGUCUUCUCAACGUCGUCGAUGGAAACGGCAGGACGUCUUUGCAGAUCGCCAGUUUGUACGGUCACGCGCGAGUGGUCUCGAUCCUGAUCGAAAGCGGAGCGACGCUACUUCCAGACAUCGACGGUCGCACUCCUUUUCAUUGUGCAGCUUGGCGUGGGUCCAUCGAUUGCUUGCAGACUCUGCUGACGGCAUUUCCUUCCGAUCUGAACUGCGUUGAUGUGGAGAAGGCAACAGCCCUAAACUUGGCCGUUGCAGCUGACCAUCCAGACGUUGUUGCGUUUUUGUUGGACAACGGUGCCGCCAUUAGCUACGACAACAGUGGACAGAAUUGUCUCGACGUUGCUAUUAAUCGAAAUGUUCCAAAGUGCGUCGAAGUUAUAGUUAACCACGAAAGGAAGAAAUUUGGAGCGGCCGUCGUGAUAGCCAACAUUGCCAUCUAUCUCGUAUAUUUACUUUUUCUCAUGUCGAUAAUAUUUGUAUUUCCAGCGUACACACCCCAUCCUCUCGAAAAUCGAGACAGUCUCGAUAGAUUGAUGAAUGUCAUUCAGAAAGCCAAAGAAGACAAUCGUACAAGUCUCUCUUCUUACGAAAAAAUUGUUUUCUGCUUUGGUCACCCUGAGCUGAGGAUAACGGUUCUUGUAGCGACGGUACUUUGUCUUUUAAAGGAACUUCUUCCCAUGUGGUAUACAGGCGUUGCGUACUUCAAGAGAUUGUCAAACGUGUGUGAACUCACAGUGUACGCGUUGACGUUGAUCUUUCUGGAUCCAUACGAGCUACUCUUUCAAAAUCUUGACAUCCCCAGAAAUCCAUGUCCGACUCUUGUAUGGGAACUAGCAGCAAUGGCAACAGUACUAGGAUGGAUCGUGCUCUUGCUCAACUUUCAGAGAUUACCUCAUAUCGGCAUCUAUAUCAUGAUGAUAAUAUCGAUGGUCGCCACGAUGCUUAAGGUUUUGAAAUGUUUUCAAACUGAUAAGGCCACAAGAAUAAAUUAA